AUGAGAUUGCUAGCUUCUUGCGAAGAUGGCUCAUUGAAGGAAAUUGUUUUUAAUCAUAAUACCAACACUUCAAUUAUAGAUGGAAUAAAACCAUUUCAUUUGUCAAUUAUCAGGAAAAAUAAAAUAAGGAUAUCUAAAAUAUUAACGGUUUCGGAAAAUUUAUUAUUUGUUUGUAUGAAUGACGGAUCUGUAGAAUUAUUAAGAUACGAGUAUAUUGAUAAAACUCAACCAAGAGACACUAGUGACGAACAAAAACCAAACAAUGAAAACUUAAAAAAAAAGGAAAAUAAAGAUAAAAAAACUGUUCAACCUGAACCAGUACCAUUUAAAAUUAUUAGAAUCAAUGAAAAUAAACUAGAUGAUAUAUCUGGAAUGUUUGACGAAAGUAAAUUAGAAAAAUUGAACCAGAAGUCAAGCAAGAGAAGUAAAAUGCACGACGAGUUUGUUUCUGUGUCAAUAUUGCCUGACUCUGUUAUAACCUUAGGGACCAAGUCUGGAUUAAUCCAUUUUAUUAAGAUUGAUACCAAAUUGGGAAAAUUGGAAUUUAUCAAAACCCAUGAGUUAACUGCACCAAUGGAUUUCCUUCAGUUUAAUGAUUUAUCACUACCGGAGCACAAAGAAGAAAAGUCUGGAUUUGUUUUCGCUUAUGGUGGCGAGGAAAAUAUUAUUAAAUUAAUUAAAGUUUCUAAAAAUUUCUUAACCUGGGAAAAAAUAUGGGAAGCCAAAAACGUGAAAAACGAUAACCUAGAUUUACGUGUUCCGGUAUGGCCAAUUUCAGUUAUAUUUACCUCUGUGCAAAAAAAUGUCGUUGAAGAUGCAUCCAAGUUGAACUUUUCUUUUAUAGAAACAACCAAACUUGGCUUUGUGCGCCAUUAUGAAACACAACAUGGCAGAAAACCUGUUUGUAACUUGGAUAUUAUCCCUGCCAGACCUUCUCAGCGCCAAUUAUGGCCAUCCAUUAUCAAAUCUCUAUUUUCAACCAGAAAUAAAACUGUCAACGGCAAUAGCGUUGAAAGCUUCGGUAAUAUACAAAGUGAUGAGUAUUUAUUUCUGUGUGAUUCUGUUAAAAAUGUGUAUAGAAUUGAUCCUAAAAAUGCCCAAGUGAAAGGGAAGUAUGGGAACAGCGAUAUUUACGGUAUAACAACUUCUUUGAAUUUAUAUGAGGAAAAAAAAAACUGUUUUAGAUAUCUGGUCUGUGGUGGUAUAGAUGGUUAUGUUCGUAUUUUUGAUGUUGAAAAUAGGCAGCUAAGGGCUAAAAUUUAUGUUGGAUCUAAAGUAUUGGAUUGUGUUUUGUUAGAUGCAUCUGAUAUUGAAACAGAGGAAGAAAAGAAGAAAAAGAAAAAGACAAAAAAGAGAGUACUAACUGAAUAUGAAGAAGAAAGGGAAAAUGAUAAAUUAUGGAAUGAUUUGGGUGGUGAGGCGCUAUCUAAAAGUAACGGUAAGAAAUUCAAAAAAAUAGUGAAAUAA